GCGGCGGCUCGGCGGCAAGAUGGCGCUGCCCAUGGGGACGGCGCUGCUGCGGGCGGCCCGAGCCGGCCUGCGGGCCCUGCGGCGGCCGCUGUGGGCUCCGGACACCCCCCGGCUCUGCAGCACCCAGGAAGCGGCCAAACCCCCCCCGAGCCCCUACGAGGAGCGGCCCUGGGAGUACCUGGAAAGUGAAGAGUACCGCAGCACCUAUGGCGACCAGCCCGUCUGGUUUGGCUACCGCCGCAACCACAAAGGAUCCAUCCCCCCCCAGCGCACCCGCAAGGCCUGCCUGCGCAAGGGGAAGCGGGUGGGGAACCCCUGCCCCAUCUGUCGGGACCGCAACCUCCAUGUGGACUAUCGGAACGUGAAGCUCCUGGACCAGUUCAUCUGCCCGCACUCAGGUGUCAUCUUCCACCCCACACACACAGGCGUGUGCAUGAAGCAGCACAAGCUCCUCUCUCAGGCCAUCGCUCAGGCCCAGGACCACGGCCUGCUCUGGCUGCAGGUGCCCUUCGUGCCCACGCCCCGAGGGGACUUCAGCACCCGGCACCCGGCCGUGGGCAGGACCCCCUCUCCGCCGGGCCCGGGGCCCUGGUACCCAUGGUACGAGUGGCAGCCGCCCCCCCCCGCCGCCGUCGCCCGCAUCCGCCGCAUUUACCGGCAGUACCUGAAGGAAGGAGCGGCCCCGGUCACCCCCGCGGCCCCGGCCGAGGGGCAAUAAAACCGGUUCUACCCCUCC